UCGAACGAAUUGGACGUUGUUUGGUUAGUCGAUCGGCAUUUGCUAGUUUUUUGUUUUGCGGGUUCGUCGCCGGGUUUGUUUUCAAAUCUUUCGAUGUUCGGUAUGUUUCGCUAGGCUUUCGUGUCCCGCGUGGUUGGAGUUUCGUUGGAAAUCUUUAUGGCAUUACUCACCUGGUGGUGACGACGGUUCCAUAGGAAGACGCUGACGACCGUGUUUGUGUUUGUGGGCUUUAUGUUUUUGGUGUGUGGCUUUGCGAUCGUGUUUUGCAGUGGUUUCGAUGGUUGUCUCUCGAGUGUUUCAUUUUGUUGGUUUUUGUCUUUUAUCCUACGGUUGGUUUUAAUCGAAGAUGUUUUUUUCCGAAAAACUAAAUCACAAUCACUUCAUUGUCCAGCGCGCAUUGGAAAGCUCCUGCUUGUAGACAUAUUUUUAUACUAGAAAUGAAAUUAUUCAAACUUUGAACGUGGUUUUAAUCAGACAAUAAAUUGUUGCGGAAGAAAGGAAUCAAUUGCGCGCGAUUUAAAUCAUCGAGAGAGGGGAAUCUGUAUCGAAACUUUCUACAUUGAAUUUUGUAAGCAAUAAAAUUGCUAGCUAUGGGUGUUUCGCGAGCUGUCGCAAAAUCGUGUGCUUUCUUGGAGGAGGUUAAUAUUCUCGAGUGAACAUUAAUGAAAUGAAGUGAUCGUUAAUCAGUGAAGUGAAAUCCAAUCCAAUCCGUUGAUAAGUCAUUCGGUGGAUUAUAUGAGAUCAAUCGAAGAGGAAGUGCACAAAUUGAGUGGGGGUGAUAUUAUUUCUCCAAAAAGUGUGUCGAUAUCGCCACUGGUGAUCAGGAUUGAAGCAAUUGAAGACACCGUCAUCGGAUACUAGUUUAGUAACGAAGACCCAAAAUCGUAGCUGGGAGUAUGUCACGAAUUAUGCACAUGAGGAAGGUGGUAAAGACGUAAGAGUUGUCUUCUGAAUACCAAUUAGAUUGGCGGCGGAUACUUGACCGUUGCUGGAAAGCUCAAUCCAAUUCAUGUAAGAAUAAGAAAUUUUAUGGAGACUGAAUUGAUUGAACAAGAGUGACAGCGGUGAUGAGCAUUGGACAAGUUCCUCCUCGGGUCCAAUAAGCGUUUAGGAUCGAGUUUUUGUUCGAGUGAGGCGAUUGAUCCGAAGGAGAUUCAGAAAAUAGGUACCUGGCAGAAUGUCGAAAACAAAUUAAAUUAGCGAAAUGUACUUCCCGACGCAAUUUUAUCGGAAUAAAAUGUGAACAGUGUGAUACGAUUGGAAGAAGUGAAAGGAGCAUAACAGUAGCAGCCACAUCACCUUUUGUUUGCAUGAUGGGAUAUUUUUCAAAGCGGAACAUCUUCAUAUACUGCUGCAUUUCGGCGUGUUUAUCAUUGAUCACGUACCUAAUAGCAUUUUCCUGCGAAGUUUCGUGGGUCCUGGAGGCAAAAGGAAAUCUGCCUAUACCGUCCUAUUUGCUGUGUGCGGAAUACUUCAUCCUUUUCGUGUCCUCCGCCAUUCUAAUCCAUGGGCUGUCAACGGGCAUAUCGUGGGGUUUACUCAGUUGGUCGAUUAUCAUUGGGGCGCUCUCGGUGCCGGAAUUGGCGCUAGUUAUGUAUAUGACUAUCCAGUACUGGGGCCUCCAGUCGGCGCAUGGACUAACGGAAUUAGUAGGAUAUUUAGUACGUUUAAUAGUCAAUUGUUUGGCACUGCUUUGCGUCAUUCCGACUGCCUUAAGAUGGCGCCAGGAGAAGAAAGUCCUAUCACAGCUCGAAUCCCUUGCAUCGAGGCUUCAGUUGACAACACCGACGCCUUCCACUCCGUUUGACGCCGCCAAUGGAAUGAGCUCGUUGCGAGCCAGCAAACGAAGCCAUGCAAGCCGACGUCCUUCCACUGGCUUCGACAAUCCGGGUUAUGUUCCACACGAAACCAAUACGUUGGAUAUCGUCCAGCAGUACACGGCCUACAACAACUUGUACGGAUCGCAGAGUGAGUUCAACGCGAGUAUAUUCGGACUGAAUCCUUCGCAGUACAUCGGACCACCUCCGCCACCGAUGGCGGCAAAGUGUAAGAAAACCCAAUCUCUGUUGGAUCUACGAUUUAUUUUCCCUCCUAAGUUUCUCACCAUGAACGAGAAGAAAGAUGCCAAAGAAAAGGGAAAUGACGAGACGGAUAGUGUGCUGAACAACAAUCUGAAAAAUAGGAUACACAACAAGUUGAACGAAGGGAUCAGCAAAGCUAGUAAGGACAGCAAUAGCAUCAUUGAGAUGAAUACUGAUCCUACGUCUGCGAGCAACGAUCCAAUUUACCACACGAUCGAAUCAACGAAACCCAACAAAAUUCUCGGUCGAAAUUGUGUAUCGUUGGAGAAUUUGGGUAACAUAACCCUCUCGGAGUCACCACUGCCAUACAAAAAGAAUGAAUACGCCCAGUAUCGAUACGGCAACAAUUUGCUCAAAAACUUCACUCUAAACCCGUGGAACGUAAUUGCGUACAAUCCGGCAUACAGCGCGUAUCCUCCUUCAUAUUUCCCCUACCACCCACAUCCGUAUGUUUAUCAGAUGCAUCAUAAUCAUUUCCCCCAUGGCGGGGGUGGGGGAUACUUCGGUUCACCGCAUCAUCACCCUCCGCCACCUUCGCAUCAUCAUCCAGGAGGGGGACAUGGGGCAGCCUACAAUACCAACCAUUCGACCAUUAGUUAUAGUUACAACAAUGGCUAUGUGAAUAGCGCGAAUAACAGUCGUCAAUCGCUCGGCAACGAAUCGGAUGACUUUCGGAAGUACCGCGAUGUGGCGCUGUGAGUUUUUGAACCAUGGCGUUCAGGCCGGGAGCGAAUGUGCAUGAGAAAACAUUGAUAGUAUUGAUGAACCAGUUACUUUUACGAAGAAGUAUUUAUUAAUCCCGUUGCGAUUAGAUGGAGAUGUUCGGGUGAAACGCAGCGUUGACAUAGGAGCGGGAAAUUUUUGUUAUAUCUUUGGUAGCGAUUAUUAUACACUCAAGGAUAUAUCCCAAUCCGUCACAAAUGGAACACCUCAUUCGAAUUAUAUUGUCACAGUUACCUUCGUUAGACCUAAGAACACUCGAAAAUGAUCGAACAAAGAGAAACAAAAA